CCGCAACCUCACCAAUCCAGUCGGCCUUUCUCUCUGCAGCAGAACACCUCUGUUCCCCGAGCCACCACAACAUUCCUGUUUGCGUCCCCCUCCCUCUGGUAACCAUUGUAGUUGUUUUUAUUUGAGCGGUGAGUCUCUGCUCAACAGUCAGAGAACCAAAGAGUCCCGGUUUGGGAUGGAUGCUGUUGAGAGAACCGCCCCGGGGAGCCGGCUGGAGAGGAGCAGUCACACGGCGUUCAUAGACAACAACACACUGUAUGUUUGGGGAGGUUACCAGGCAGUUGCUGGGGAGGACAUCAUGUUGCCCAGUGAUGAGAUAUGGCUCUGUGAUUUAGACAGCGGGACGUGGGAACGGAGGGACAUUGCUGGAGACAAACCCCCAGAGUUAUCAGGCUCCUGUGGUUCCCAUGUUAAUGGCACACUCUACAUCUUUGCAGGAUGCGACGCACUUGGGUACACAAACCAGAUGUUCAGCGUUGACCUCACAGAGGAGAGCUACUCAUGGAAGAGCGUGACCGAUACAAAGGGAACGACGCCCUCACCGCGAAACAAACACUCCUGCUGGUUACACAGAGACAGAUUAAUCUAUUUUGGUGGAUAUGGAUGUAAAACCAUAGGGGAGGUGCGAAACACAUCAUCGACAAGCUUCAUCGUGGAAGAGAUGUCCUGGACAACAAUUGGAAACACGUUAUUUAGGUGCUGGGGCUGGAACAAUGAAGUCAGUGUUUUUGACACACACACUGAAACGUGGAGCAAGCCAGAGACUCGGGGUCCUGCUCCUGCCCCCAGAGGCUGCCAUGCCAGUGCCCUUCUGGGGAACAAAGGUUACAUCUCUGGUGGCGUGGAAACUGCAGAGUUGGACAUGUUCUGCUUGGACCUGGAAACCUGGACCUGGACUCGAAUUGACCUCUCCCAGUCUUGUACGCCUCUGGGGCGCUCUAUGUUCACCAUGACGCCCAUAUCGGAUCACACACUCUUCAUAUACGGAGGACUCGGCACAGAUGGAAAAACUCUUAAUGAUGCCUGGCAGUUUAAUGUGCAAAAGAGAGAGUGGAACAAGAUAACACACCAACACCAGGACAAACCCAGGGUUUGUCACACGGCGUGUCUUGGAAGUGACAACGAUGUUGUUGUAUUCGGGGGAAGCAGCAACAUGUGCAUCCUCAUGGACUCGGUGGCUAUUCUGAGGGCUCCAUCCCAACAUCACUGCAAAGAGGUUUUCCUCUUCCAGACCCAGCCAUACCCCCUCUUCAGGUUGUGUGAGGACUUCAUAGGAAAAAACCCGGAGCUGUUUGGGAAUCAGCUGAACUGGCUGCCAUCAAAGCCACGCAGCAAAAUCGACAAGCGAGUGGCUUUCUUCUCUGUUAUGACGCCUGUCGUUACAGCUUGAAGAGGACUUUUAGAGCGACAAGAUUCUGUGUUAUUACCAAACAUUUUUCAUUCUUUGUCGGGUUAGUGUGUUUUUGUGUUUAAUGAUUUAAAAAAAAACAAAAAAAACAUGGUGCUGCUAAAGUUCAUUGUUUUAACUUAAACCUUUUGUAAGUAAGUUUUUGGCCAUUUUGUUUUUAAACAGCCACUUUAGAAUAAGUAAACUUUUACUCUAUAGUG